ACGUCUGUCAACAAGAGAGACUUCCUGUGCUUUAGGCUGCAGCGACUUCGAACCUCCUCAGACACUGUCAGCAAAGCUAAAACACCAAAGAGAGUCAAGGAGACUGGGCCCUGCAUCAGCCAAAACCAGGCCUCCAGAGCCAACACAUCAGACAGAAGUCUACCAGGAAGGAUUAACUGAAAAUCAAACUCAACAUCUCGUGGACAUCCGAGGUACUUCAAAUACCUGCCACUGUUUCAAGCUAGCAUGAGCUCCACUCCUUCAAGGCAAAGUGACUGUCUGCAGAAGGAGGUAACAAAUACUGCCAGCACAGAUGUAGUUUGCAGUGUGCUGGGACACUGCUCUUGGGCACACCUCAGCUAAACCACCGGGGCACAGGGUAACAGAGGAGGUAAAUUUCAUGAAGGCAGAAUGUUUCUCUGCCAAAGAGACUCUUCCCUCCCAUGUUACUUCCUGUUGUUCUGAGAGCUAAGCUGGGCAAGUUGGUGUUUUCCCCCUCUACCGUGUCAUGGCAGAGCUGUCACGAAAAGGAAGUGUGUCAUCGCUGUGGUUUUAGCUCUCCACUUAAACGACGUAUAAUUUCAGUUACAGAUUUGCUUAAAAAACACCAGCACUGCCUAAACCGACUCGCUCUGUGUGAAUGGUCGCUUGCAUCCUCACAGCAAGCAAAUGCACGCACAAAGAAACAUUACUGGUGAAGGACUAAAUACCUGAAACACCAAUCUUCUUUCGACUACAUCUUGGCAAGGUGACUAAACAGGAAGAUGAAGACCAGACGCAGCAAACCAGGCUCUGCCUUCCCUGUCCUGAUAAUCUUUGCUUUGUAUCUGCAAACAAGUGCAAACCACACCAAUUAUCCAGGGCUUAUAAAUGAAACCUGGAAUUCUACCAGCCAAAAUCCAAGUGGAAGCCAGAACAUAACUGAUGCCAACACAGAUUCUCCUCUGAGCAUCAACUUCAGCAGCAAAACGACUACUCUGGAAAUGCAGACAGGGACCAUGCAAUCCGUAUCCUCCACAACGGCCCAAAAUCUCACAUCCUCCCCUGUCUGCACUGCAGUGGCAACUUCUGCCACUGGAGGACCCAGGAAUUCCAGCAAACCCAAGAGUACAGGGGCAAAAGAAACCUGUGAAGACAGCAAGCCUCUCAUAAUGAUCUGCUUCAUUGUGAUAGCAGUGCUCGUGCUCAUCUGCACCUUCUUAUUCCUGUCCACGGUCGUGAUAGCCAACAAAAUGUCUUAUCUCAAGAAAGCUCAGCAGGGAAAACGCAGGCCCAGGAGCAACGGUGACAUCCUGGCAACCAACAGCUUGUGGCCAAUGGCUGCAGGGACGUGGCAGAGGAUGAAGGAGACAACUGGAACUGACCUGAUAAUGCAGGACUUGAUACCAGGGAGAGACAGCGCGAUCCCAAGGGAAACCGAAGGUGAAACUACCAAGAAAUUCAGUAAAGAAGCAGACAACAAGCAGGGAAGCAAAGAGCCACUGAAGUCGCACAAACCCAUUUUAACCAAUUUUGUAGUUGAGAUUUAAUUCAUAGUCAAGGAAAAAAAGUGUUGUCUCUUGCCUUUUUUACAUCAUUAAUAUAAGGCAGAAACUUAACUUUAAAGCAACAUGAAUUGUUACUUUAGAAAGCUGAAUUCAGAUCUUAAGGGUUUUCCAUCUACCAUAGUGGGAAUGCUGCAGCAACUUGGAGAUCUAGAAGGGAAUAAGACUGUGUUAAAUAGCUUUCUAUAAACCAGAGUCAAGACUGGCUUUACUCCUGUGACCAAGAACUCAUGGUGAUAGGAGCUGAAGGGCAUCAAACAAAAAAGGACAGAAGCCUGCCCAUUCUCAAAGGUCACUGGGAAAAGAAAGGGAAGGCCUGGUAGUGUGAUGAAUGCAGCACACCAUAAGGUGUACGUGGUAAAACCAAGCUGCUUUUUCCAGAAAGCUGUAAUUCAGUAACCACUGAUGCAAUGACUGCAUCAGGAACUAGUCCCCCUCCAAAUGCCCUUUCAGGUUUUUCCAUCAAGAACUUCUGAAACCAGCUUAAUUGCUUUCGAACCAGAUUGAGACAUGAAUCAUAUUUAUUGUGUUGAGUUUGUGUGUGAAGACAGGGCAUUUGUAUUAUAUGUUAGAAUAUGAUAAUGGUUUCAAUUUGUUAUCUGCAAUAAACCAGCAACAUCCAUUUUUAAA